UUCUUCUGUGGCUAGUGUUGUUGUGGGUGUUGUGGUUGCUGAGGUUGCUGCUUUGGAGAUUGCUAGGGUUGCUGCUCUGGAGGUUGCUGGGGUUGCUGCUCUGGAGGUUGCUGGGGUUGCUGCUCUGGAGGUUGCUGGAGUUGCUGCUUUGGGG